UCGAAAGUCGUUUGCACGUGUUUAUUGUGGUCGUUUCAAACCUUUAUUCUAAAUCUACACAUUCCAGAAAAACCAUCUGUAAUCCUAUAAACGAACACACAAUCGAUCUUGCUGCACAUUGGAAUCAUUACGUGUUCCAAAAAUACUAAUACGGAGCUAACAAAUUCUAAAAAUUGAAGAUCGCCUGUCUAAUGUUUCCGUUUUGGCCGUGUAAAUAUUUACUGGCAAGAAAUUAUGCACGAUUGUCAUUUAUCCCUGCAUUUUUUCCGAUCACCUGUCAAGACGUGACUGAUAAAUAACUCCCUCAUGGAGUUUACAUUGAUUAGCAGCCGUAUGUUUAUGCUUUUCUUUUUCUUGACUUUAUGUUCCACCCAAGGCAAUGAUGACGCUAAGAGGCUGUAUGAUGAUCUCAUAAAUGGUUAUAAUUCUCUGAUUCGACCUGUUGGCAACAACUCGGAUCGCCUGACGGUGAAAAUGGGACUUCGGCUGUCACAACUCAUUGAUGUGAACCUGAAAAAUCAGAUCAUGACAACUAAUGUUUGGGUUGAACAGGAGUGGAACGAUUACAAGAUGCGUUGGGACCCGGAUGACUACGGGGGCGUAACAAAACUCCACGUUCCUGCUGAACUUAUUUGGCUUCCUGACAUUGUGCUUUAUAAUAAUGCCGACGGAAAUUAUGAAGUGACUAUUAUGACGAAAGCCAUCCUCCAUUUUGACGGCAUGGUCCACUGGAAGCCUCCGGCCAUCUACAAGAGUUCUUGUCUUAUGGACGUGGAGUAUUUUCCCUUUGACGAACAAACCUGCUUUAUGAAAUUUGGAUCCUGGACUUACGACGGUUACACGGUUGACUUGAAGCACAAGCACCAGAAAGAGGAAGAACCCGAGAUCCCCAUGGGCAUCGACCUCAGCGAGUUCUACCUCAGCGUCGAAUGGGAUAUCAUGGCUGUUCCCGCGAGGCGAAAAGAACGAUUCUACAGCUGCUGCGAGGAGCCAUAUCCGGACAUCACAUAUAACAUCACCAUUCGCCGGAAGACCCUCUUCUACACCGUCAAUCUUAUUAUCCCCUGCGUCGCCAUCUCGUUCCUUUCAAUCCUCGUCUUCUAUCUCCCUUCCGACAGCGGGGAGAAAGUAUCUCUAUCGAUCUCCAUCAUGCUUUCCCUCGGAGUGUUCUUUCUUCUGUUAUCCGAGAUCAUUCCACCGACCUCACUGACCGUUCCAUUGUUGGGCAAGUACCUUCUGUUCACCAUGAUUCUGGUUUCAUUCUCGGUCAUGGUGACCAUUGCGGUGCUGAACGUCAAUUUCCGGUCACCGGCCACCCACCGGAUGGCACCCUGGGUCAGGAGGGUCUUCCUCGAGAUUCUGCCGAAAUUCCUUUGCAUGGAGAGGCCAGACGACGGGGACAACAAAUCCUCCGAUUCUUCAGAUACCAAAUCCGGUGUACUGAUCAGGACAUUCGACGAGGUAAUCAGCGAUACUGUUCCUGGAGCUAUCUUGGAUAGGGAGAGAAUAGUGGCUAACGAGAUCGAAUGUUCCUACAUCGAUGGACACCAUGGGUCUAGCCUCCAACUGGCAGAGACCACAUCACAAGAAAGGAGAGAGAAAGAAGAAGCAGAGAGGGCUGUCCUUAAUGUCCGAUUCAUUGCUCAGCAUAUGGAGAAUCUGGAUUCAUAUUCUGAUAUUGAAAGUGACUGGCAGUUUGUCGCGAUGGUUUUGGACAGACUGUUUCUGUGGAUCUUCUCAAUAGCAUGCAUCGUCGGAACAGGCUGCAUCAUCCUGCGAGCCCCCGCCCUCUACGACGACAAGCAGCCAAUAGACGUCCUCUUCUCGAGAGUCACCCCGAGGCUGAGGCACCUCAACUGAACCUUAUUUUACAAAAUUAGAAUUCAUGAUGACUUUAAGUCUGUUAAUUUUAUCGUAUAAUCUGAUGGUUCUAUUUAUCUCGUCUUAAUUUACUCGCUGCAGAAAUCAAAACAAAGCCUUUAAAAUCUAAAAAAUGAAAGUUAAUUAAGAUAUGCACUGAUUUGAGAAGAAAAGAUGAAAUUAGAGCACGCACCCGAAAACGAGAUAUCUCGCUAUAGUAUAAACUAAUUGCGAAAUGACUGUAAAUAAAGUCAUGUCCCUCUAAAGACAGUUGUGAGAUAUCUUAUAUUAAGAAUGUAUAUCAAAGUUAUUGCUAAUGAGGUACUCCUUAAAAGAAUAUGUAAGUAAUACCUAUCAGAAUUCAUGCCACGUGCUGUGAAAUAUUUUGAAAUAAAGAGAUGAACCGGUAUAAUAGGUCACUCAUUAAUAUCUCUUAUAUCUGUUAUCAUUAAGAUCCGAAAAAAUGUUAUUAUUUUUUAAAAUCAUUUUUGCCACUCGUACUCUCUGCCUAUGCAGCGAAUGGACUCUGCAAGGUUUUUACAUAAAUCGCGAGGUGAGCUUAAAAUUCCAAAUGGAUAUAUGAGUUACUUUAUUGUAUAUCAUACUAAUCAUUAAUAUAUGCUAAUAAGUAAUAUCACAUUUUAGUAUAAAGUUUUGUUUUACUAUCCUUAGAAAAACAAAGCUGAAUUAUUUUAGAAAUAUAUUAUAAUCAUUAGUAUUGUGGAUAAAAGUGUGGAAAACUCGGAAAAGAAAUCAAUUCCUGCAUUCCAGGAAGUUCCACACCUUAGGAAUAUACAGUUAAAAUACCUGGCAUCUCUUAAAUUUCAUGAGCGCAUUUCUGUGAAACAAAAUAAGGUAAAUAAGAGCUCAAUCCUCGCAAGUAUCUCCUGAGAGCUGACAUGCGAAGUAAUAAUAAUAUGAAUAUUCAGAGCGAUGCAAGAUUCUAAGCACAAUCUGUUCAGAGAAAUAGAAAAUUAAAAAAAAAAAAAAAAAAAAAAAAAAAAAAAAAAAAAAAAAGGAAAAUCACAUAAGAAAUCGGAAAUCAGUAGUUACCUACGCACUCUGUUUCAUGAGUCUGCAUGGUUUUUUUAAGCUAAUGGUGUCAUGACCUGCCAUUUGAUUAUAUAAAUUUUGGUAGAUUUUCUAUGUUACGAGUGUCAAUCUGACAUUUUUUUUUCUGAGUAGUCAAUAAUAUUGGACAAUAUUAUUCAAUUGUGCAAUAAUAUUGUACUACCCGAAUAACCUAUUCCUCGUAUUACAUUUGUUCUUUAUGAUUAAAGCUGCAUCAAAUGACUCAGCAAUUUGAAAUCCUAUAAUACCUUAAAUACUAAUUAUAAUAUGAAAAAUCCAAUGAUAGUAUGAAAGGAAAACUGGAUCAUUUCAAUCUCGUGGACAAUGAGACCCCAUUUGGAAAGCGCAUGAAUUUGUUUUUCAACUCUUGUAAUGUUUAUUCUCUAAGCUGUAACAAGCGUUGUGCAGUUUCACAUCAAAUACCUGGAAGGAUCCCAUUGCACCAAAACAUCGUAUAAUAUGGUACGUUAUAUCUGCCACAAGAGAAAUGCAGUCGUCUCAGCUGUGCCAUAUUACGUCGUAUUGUCCGCCACCAUGAAGAGUGUGCAAUAUUGAACACUGUUUCAAAAUCUGUUUGGGCUGCUGGAGUCCAUGCGUGUUUGGUACAAAAUUGCUGUUUGUCUUCAAAUACCUUCUUCAUUCCUUCUGCGUCUCUGUUAGAUUGUUAGUAAAUUAUAAUUACUUUAUAUAUUACUUAUAUAUUUCUAUUUAUGUAUCAUUUUGCCAUUUAUAAAAUCUCACUAUCCAUUGAGUAUCACAUAUCUUAUAGUAUUUUCAUAAAAAUAUUGAUUUAUCCUGUUUCAUCAUCUAGUCAUGUUGUAUCAAUGAGUACAAAUAACUUAAAACUUGCUGAUAAUAGUAGAUAACAUGUAAUGUUUUUUUUAAUGAAUGGGCGAUGAUGUCCGAUACUUUGAGUGCAGGGCAAUAUCGAAUGUUGUAUAAAUAUUUAUUUGAGAUAUGCAUUAUGUACAAAUAUUUUUUCUUAGCAGAUUUCCUCCACUCUGUUUCCAUGUAUUGUGACUUUUAAACUGAAUUCUGCUAAAAUCUGGACAUUUCACAGAACCUGGAGCAUUCAGAUUGAGUUUGAACAUGAAUUUAGGUAGUUAAAAUAGAUAUUCUUAAUACUAAAUUAGAUUCUCAAAACGGUAAUAAACUUGUAGAAAUGUACCUUUUUGAACAUUUUUUAUACAAAUUAGCAUUUAUUCCCUGGUUCUUUAUUUUUAUUUAUACCCAUUUAAAAUAUCAUCUGUAAUUCGAAUUUAUUUCCCUUGAAUGGUUGCCGUCCUCGGUGAC